AUGCAAUAUAAUAGAUAUGGACCUGUAAAACUGAACUGGAGUCCUUGGAAAUCUUUACCAUUAAUGAUAGCUGCAGGUGCUGGGACAGGUUUAGUUGUUAUAGGUAUAGCAUUAGGAUUAGGUUUGGGUAUUGGAUUACAUAAUGAUAGUCAAAAUCUUACCUAUUACACACAAAGUACAACUAAUAGUACAACAACAAUAACAACAUCAACAACAACAACCACAAAAAUAACGACAACCACAACGACAACAACCACAACAACCACAACAACAACGACGACAACAACGACGACAACGACAACAACGACAACAAAAACGACAACAACAACAACAACGACGACAACGACAACUGUAGCAGCAGGAUAG